AGCCGCGCUUGUGCAUGCGCAGGGCGGGGAGACCUUGGCGAGGCUGCGGCGACGGUGAGCGGAGGUGAAAACCUUGGCGGAAAGGAAAGUCUAGCGGCGAGAUGCAGAGCUGGAGUCGCGUGUACUCUUCUUUGGCCAAGAGAGGCCAUUUCAGUCGAAUAUCUCAUGGUCUGCAAGGAGUUUCUGCAGUGCCGCUGAGAACUUAUGCAGAUCAACCAAUUGAUGCUGAUGUAACAGUGAUAGGCUCUGGUCCUGGAGGAUAUGUCGCUGCUAUUAAAGCUGCCCAGUUAGGCUUCAGGACAGUCUGCGUUGAGAAAAAUGAAACACUUGGUGGAACAUGCUUGAAUGUUGGUUGUAUUCCUUCUAAGGCUUUAUUAAAUAACUCUCAUUAUUACCAUUUGGCCCAUGGAAAAGAUUUUGCAUCUAGGGGAAUUGAAAUGUCUGAAGUUCGCUUGAAUUUAGAGAAGAUGAUGGAGCAGAAGAAUAAUGCAGUAAAAGCUUUAACGGGUGGAAUUGCCCACUUAUUCAAACAGAAUAAGGUUGUUCAUGUGAAUGGCUAUGGAAAGAUAACUGGGAAAACUCAGGUCACCGCUACGAAAGCCGAUGGCAGCACUCAAGUUAUUGACACAAAGAACAUUCUUAUAGCCACAGGUUCAGAAGUUUCUCCUUUUCCUGGAAUUACGAUUGACGAAGAUACAAUAGUGUCAUCUACAGGUGCUUUGUCUUUAAAAAAAGUUCCGGAAAAGAUGGUUGUCAUUGGUGCAGGAGUAAUUGGUGUAGAAUUGGGUUCAGUUUGGCAAAGACUUGGUGCAGACGUGACCGCAGUUGAGUUUUUGGGUCAUGUUGGUGGGAUUGGAAUUGAUAUGGAGAUAUCCAAAAACUUUCAACGCAUCCUUCAAAAGCAAGGAUUUAAAUUUAAAAUGAACACGAAAGUUACUGGUGCUACGAAGAAGUCAGAUGGAAAAAUCGAUGUAUCCAUUGAAGCUGCUUCUGGUGGUAAAGCUGAGGUUAUCACUUGUGAUGUACUCCUGGUUUGCAUUGGCCGACGACCCUUUACUCAGAAUUUGGGACUAGAAGAACUUGGAAUUGAACUAGAUCCUAGAGGUAGAAUUCCAGUGAAUACUAGAUUCCAAACUAAAAUUCCAAACAUCUAUGCAAUUGGUGAUGUGGUUGCCGGCCCAAUGCUGGCACACAAAGCAGAGGAUGAAGGCAUCAUCUGUGUUGAAGGGAUGGCCGGGGGCGCCGUGCACAUUGACUACAAUUGUGUCCCGUCGGUGAUCUAUACACACCCUGAAGUUGCCUGGGUUGGCAAAUCGGAAGAGCAGUUGAAAGAAGAGGGUGUUGAGUACAAAGUUGGGAAAUUCCCAUUUGCUGCUAACAGCAGAGCGAAGACCAAUGCUGACACAGACGGCAUGGUGAAGAUUAUUGGGCAGAAGUCGACAGACAGAGUAUUGGGAGCACAUAUUCUCGGACCUGGUGCCGGUGAAAUGAUAAAUGAAGCCGCUCUUGCACUGGAAUAUGGAGCGUCCUGUGAAGAUAUAGCCAGAGUCUGUCACGCACAUCCGAGCGAGGAAUACAUAACAGGAGUUCUGGAGACUGGAGCAACUGAACAGCCACUGAAAUGGUGAAGGUGGCUCAGGCCGCAUCCUUCCUCCUUAAUCUCCACCUUGGACUCCAAGUGGGAGGUGAUUUUGGGGGCGGAUUUGUGGAGGAUACUGACCUACCAAACAGAAGGGUAAUACAGCCUGUUUGCAGAAAUAACAGAAGGGAGGGUCCCCAUGGAGGCAGUCCACUUGCUUAUAAAUCCAUCUGUAACAAAGACUGUUAUUUUCAGUAUAAAGGGAUUCAUGAAUGCUAAAUCAGGGAAAGUAACAAUGCAUUUAAGAAUUGUACUAAAUGUAUAUUUAUAUAAAAGCACAGUACUUUAUUUUAACUCCAUACAAAAAGUGGUGAUUAAAAACAUUAAAUAGAUAAGGAGUUUUAUUUUGAAGAUCAUUAAGUCAGUUUUUAAAACGUAGCGAUUUGGCUUUGGUUACUUCAGCCCCUUUAUACUUACAGCUCCCGCCGCCUGUGUUACAAGCAGGUGCUAUAAACAGCGACUUUCUGGCUUAUAUCUUUUAGGAGUGAACGGACUUCUCCUUCCAAUCUUACUAAUUCUUGAGCUUUAUCUUCUAAAUAUUUUUGAUUGUCCUCAUACUUUCUUUCUAAAUCUGGAAGAUAAAAAGAAGAGGUCUGAGCAGUUACACUAUGAAGACCUCGAGAUCAAAUACCGAUCCUUUCUGCCUGUAAGUUAAGUGCCUAAGAGAAAGUGAAUCGACUUUUGCCUUUUAAGUAAGCUGCCCUAAUUUUAAAAUGCUUAAUAAAAUCAUGAGCCUAAGUGAAAAAGAAAAAUCUACCUUUCAGGAGUUGCAGCUUGCUGUUUGCUUGAGCCAAAAGCGUUUUUGCUUCAUUUUGUAGCAUUUCGGCUUUCCUUCGUGCAUCAGCCGACUCUUCAGUUUUUUUGGCAAUUAAAUUUUCUACUUUCUUAUACUUUUCAUCAAGUUCACCGUCGAGAGUCUGAAGUUCCACAUUUAGGCACAAAGAGGUAAUACUAUUAGUGACAUUUAAUAGUAGUAGUAUAGAUAGAACUUGCUUGGUAAGCAUUCUGAAUUAAAGGCCACCACCAAGAGGACUCUGCUUUUGGGGUUGUAUUAGGUCACAGGCUUGGUAUUUGUCCAAGGUGUUGUAAGAGAAUUGUAUGGAGGGAGAGUUAGAGAAGCAGGUUUUCUCAAAGGUAGGUGUGCUAAGAUCCAAAUAUUUAGACAUCAAAAAAAGUUUUGAAAAAAUGGGAGGACCAUCUGGAUCUAGACUAAUCAGGAAAUCAGAGGGAAAAGGACAAGAUUGUAGCACAUGUAGGGUUGGUGUGGGUCUGGAAAGAUGGUUGCAAGUAAUUCUUUUGAAAGACACUGAAUAGUAGCGAUUGAUGGAGGAAUUUCAUGUCAACGGGUUUUGUUCCUCUUAACUGCACUCAAAUUUUAUUAUUUAUGCAGAAUGCUCUGUAAGAAGACUACUUGGGAGAUUUAUGCUUUCAGACCUGUAGGAAACUACAAAGAACGAGAGACAGAUGUGACAGUGAACUUUUCUUUCUCUCUUCUCCAACCCAGCAGUGUAAGGAAGUCACCCGUAUGUAAUGCCUAAAAGCUAUAGUAACUUCCAGGAAAAAUCUUGACUUCAUUUUAAUUUAUAACUCCCUGUAUUCAUUUAACAGUUUCAGCACUCCCCUGAGAAGUUUAAAAAAGCUUCUUUAGAGAGAAGUAUUUGCUUAUACAAAUUAAGAAAUUAAAUGUGUUUUAAUGAUUACCUGGCUUCUAGUGAAAAAUUUGGGUUUGAGAUUUUUCACUGCAAAAUACACUAUGAGAAGCCAGGGGUGGUUAAUUCCAAAUGAACACAGAAGAGGCGAGAUGUGGUUGCCGCCUAGCUGUUCUGUGAGGAUGAUCUUUAUGGCAAACAGUAAUUACCUGGCCAUUUGAGAAAUCUUUAAAGGUAGGGUAGAAAAUGCUUUAAGAAUUCCUAAUUAAAAUACAGAAAUACAAGCUCAGUAUGCCUGUUUAACCGGUAAGUUAAAUUUCAUUUUUCUAAACUCUUAGCCACUUUUGGGAUUUAAGUGCUUACAUCACACUUAAGGAUACUUUAAUAUCCACUCCCGUUCUUUCCCAUCUGUCUCUCUGAAGACUGCUAUUUCACAAUAGGUCAUUUGGGAUGUUUCUGAUGAAUAACCAUGUUAGGUCCAUGUCCCCUGUUAAUUCCAAGGAAGUCAAAGGGGAGAAUAGUUGCUCCUUUAUCAACAUACCUAUGAAGUUAGAAAGAUUUCCUUACCUUCUUAACAUCUUCUGCACUUUGUUUCACACUGUAUACUACUUUUUCAAUAUAUUCUGCCUCCCCGGAGUUCUGGGCAGCUUUCCGCUUAAGUUCUUCCACGUUCCUCUCUAGCUCACUGAGGCGCUGGGAGGCAUUGAACAAAGUUUCCUCAGAAGCUGCGGUUUCAGAUUCAAUCUGAAAGUAUAAGGUCAGUCAUCCAGUAAGACGUUAAUUCAAGAAGCGGUAGGAAGUGCUCUGAGUACAAGUUAGAGGAAGAUUUCAAAUGCUUCUAUGCCACUGCUCUGGAAAAGAAUUACUAAAAAGAAAAUACCAUUUCAAGAACAGUUAGUUAUUGCUACAUCUCAUAUAUUACAUUUAUUGUUUUGGUAAUUCUCAUGUAGAGUUUUCCCUUACUGAACCAGGCCCAGGUAGCUUGAUCUGUUGAGAAAGCAUUUUAAGGGCACCUGCAACCUUUGGCUAAACAGCAUUCACCAAUAAGCAGAUGUGGGUGAGGAGACGGCUUUUCCACCUAAGUUUCUAAAUUAAUGGGGGGGGGGAAACUCCCCAGUCACCAUUAGUUUUUUUCCAUCAACUCCAGUAGUGGCGGUUAUACAACUUUUGAAACUACCUGGAGAGUUAAAACUGAGAGGUUACUGUAGGGUUGUGAGAUGGCAUGUGGCCUGGGAAGUCACAGCUGGAAGCUAUAGAUACUCAAAAUUAUUUAGGGAAAAAGUGUCUCAUCUGGGCAGCUGGUGAGGAGCCAUGCUUGAUCUCUCUUCAAAGUACUCCAUAAAUACUGAUUUUUAAAUUUAAGAAAGAAAAGUGGCUGGGGAGCUGUCUGGUCUUAGUUUACUGACAGUAAAUAGAAUAGGGGAAGAUGGGUUUGUAUCAACUAAUGGUGUGGAAAGCAGGUUGAAACCCACCUCCCAGGUUUUAAACAUUAGGGGUUGUCGGCUUGAGAAGGAUAAACACCAAGUAACAGGAGCCUCUAAUGUCACAGUACGUUCUGAGGAGGUGAGUGUGGAUGAAAUGAGUCAUCAUUUUUACCUGUUUUCGUAACAAAUGAACUUUCCUAAAAUUGGAAGGAAAAAUUUGCCUACAGAACAGUUUUGAAAAAUGUUUGCAUUACUUUUGAGAGAUGAGAUUUUUAGAAUACAGCAGACUAAAUCCAUGUGAAAAGUUUUAGUGGGGAUCUUAAAUAUCUGGGAGACUCUAAGGAUAUUUUGCUUAUAAAUUAAUUUUUCAGUGCGUUCUGAACAAGACUGUUCAGCUGUAAGAUCUCGGGUAGUUUCCUCCAAAACUGGGUAUUGGAAGCAGACAUUUUGACCUUUGUUGCUUUCCAGUGGUUUUCAAAACUAUAGUAAUGUUUCUGUGAAUGAGCACCCAGUAGGUCUUGAGACACUGGUCUUAAUCAUAGAGUUAUUUUGGGGCUGCUUUAAAUAACACAGCAGGACUUUUCUAACUUGGAUUUGGAAAUUAACACUAUGGAUCAUACUACCGAAUAAGGCUGUGUGACUCCUUGAAGGAAUAGGAAAUUAUGUUUUUAUCUUAGGCUUUUUUUGGAGCUGAAAAUGAAAGGGGGCUUAUGUUUGUCUUCAGAGUCCUUUUUCUUCCUCGAAACUGUUAACACUUUUAGCAUCUGUUUAGCUAUAAAGGGCUCCGUCAAUGUUCAGUAGUAACUGACGAGCGCACUUCUCUUGUGCCAGACUGCGUGACUGUUUUCUGACACACACACAAGUGACUGCCAGCGCUUACUGAAGUCAGCAGGUUCUGGGUUCCUUGGAUGUCUUCAUCUGCUUGUUUAAGGGCCUUCUCUGCUGCAACCUGGGCCUUUUCUGCUUCUUCCAGAGCUGCUUUCACCAUUUCUGCCGUGACUUUAACAUCUGUUGCGCUUUUGCUGAGUGAAAGAAUGAGACAAUACCUGUGAACAUGAAAGUACUUCUCCUCAGAAGAGAACAUUUCUUUUGAAGAACAGGCUUCCCAGAGAGACUCACAACUCAGAGAGCACUUGUAGAAAUUUCACUAGUUAAAGAAACGCUUUUUCACUCCCUGCUGGAUACAUGAAAUAAGCCCCCCUAGAUGCCAUGCUGUGUUCUGAUACCUGGCUCUUUGAGCUUCCUCUAGCAGCAGCUCAGCUCGGGCGAUGUCGGCAGCGCUCUGCUGUAGAAUGACCUCUACUUGAGAAAGGCUUUCAACCCGCUGACGAAUAUCUUCCGUCAAGUUCUGUAACUGCUCGGGGGUGCUAGGCAUUUCCAUUCGCAGCACUUCAUUAGCAACGGCUUCAAUGCUGUCCAGAUCAGCACUGUCCUCUGUUAGAAGUAGAGAUGUUCCCGUGAAGAGGUGGAAACCGUGGGUGGCUCCCCCAUUCAGACACGGUACGGCGGAGGGGGCUAGCGUCUGACUGUCUGUCUGUCUUGACGAGGAGGUGGCUAGUGUCUCAAUCUAUCUAUCUUUCUGUCUGGAGGAGUCUAGUGUGUCUUUCCUUCUGUGUGUCCAUCUACUGGAGAAGGAGGCUAGAGUGUGUAUGUCUGUCUGUAUAUCUAUCUACUGGAGGAGGAGUCUAGUGUGUGUGUGUCUACGUCACUGUCUAUGUAAUAGAAGAGGACAAGGUCGCUAGUGAGUCUGUAUCUUUGUCCGUCUAUCUACCUGUUGGAGGAGGAAGAGGUUAGUGUGACUGUAUCUUUCUGUCCGUCUAUGUGUUUGUGUAUCACUAGAGGAGGAGGAGCGGUCUAGUCUGUCUAUCUAUGUGUAUCUACUGGAGGAAGAGGCGGAGGCUAGUGUCUUCCUGUCUGUCCAUCUGUCUAAUGGAGGAGGAGGUGGCUAGUGUGUCUGUAUUUAUCUGUAUGUCAGCUACCUGUCUACUGGAGGUGGAGGAGGAGGGUUGUGUGUCUCUUUGUCUUUCUGUCUAUCUAUUUAAUGGAGGAGGCGGCUAGUGUCUAUCCAAUGGAGUAGGGGGAGGCUAGUGUGUCUAUCUGAGGAGAAGGUGGUCAGUGUGUCUCUCUAAUGGAGGAGUCUAGUGUCUGCCUAUGUUUCUUUCUGAAAAAAGGGGGCUUCUGUCUCUAUCUUUCUACCUGUCUGCGUGUCUCGAGAAGGCUAGUGUCUAAGUGUGUUUCUGUGUGGAGGGAGGAGGUUGAGGCUGGUGCCGCUGGCCAUGUAUUUUUUUGUCUGGAGGAGCAAGCCAGGCUCCGUCAGUCUCUGUCUUUUUGUUGGAUGAUGGAGCAAGUACUGUGUCUAUUUAUUUUCUAUUUGUGUACAGAACACUUAGGGUAUGUAACUGUCUAUCCAUACGUGUAAGAUCCUGUAUGUAACAGCAUCACAAAGCUUUGGGGACAAUGACACAAAGUCCCUCCUUCGAGUUAUGGUUCUGACAUUAUAUGUACGUCUCUAACGCACAUUCCUAAUUUAAUUCUCCUAUGUUCGACUUCUUGAUUUUGCUACAUGGGUAUCACCUCAAGUGUGUCUGUACCUGCAUAAACAGCCAGUAUGUACACACAGAUACAUGUGUUUGUAAGUCAAUAAAAACAUUUCUUAA